AUGCCUUUGAUGGAGCUUUUCCAACCCAACAGUUUCACGGGUCAGUUGCCACAGGAAAUCGUUAGGCUUCGGUUUCUCCAAGUGCUCAACCUUGGUGGGAGCUUCUUCCAAGGUAGCAUUCCGGCACGUUAUGGCGGUUUAUCGAGGUUGAAGUUUCUACAUUUAUCGGGAAAUUAUUUGCAGGGACCGAUUCCACCUGAGUUGUGUUUUUUGACUCAGCUUGAAUACUUGGAGAUCGGUUACAAUGUGUUCUCUGGUGGGGUUCCAGUGGAGUUCGGCCUUUUAUCUAAUCUCAGAUACCUCGACAUUUCUACUUCGAAUCUCUCUGGUUAUCUACCAUCCGAGCUUGGGAACUUAACACUGCUCAAGUCUCUGUUUCUCUUUGGUAACAGGUUUAUUGGUGAAAUUCCGGAGGUUAGAUCAUCAUUUCUGCUCUCCUAUGAGAGGAACCGAAUAACUGUAUCGAACAAUAAACCUGAGAGGAUAAUAAUCCGGUUGACAUUAGGCAGGAGAAGCACCGGCAUGGGGGGUCAUGAUGUAAAAAAGAGACCAACCAGUACUGUGAACACUGGAGUGGUGGUGGCAGCUGACAUGGUGGGGUUUGGUUUUCCAGUGGAAGGACGUUCACCACCCCUGAAAGCAAAGUCCACAUAUUGCAAUCUACAAAUUCACGCAACAUAUCUGAGCUGGAACCUGAAAGAGUAUUAUAUCUUUAGAGACAUGAAGGGUCCAUUUUGA